UCGACAUUUCAAAGAUGGCGAAGUUUGUGGUGUUGUUUAGCUUCUUUGCUGUCGCUUUUGCGUCUUCAAACCUACUUGGAGGCGUAGAAAAAGUAGAUAAAAAAGAUCCUGAGCUGCUAAAAGCACUGGAAUACGCCAUGGAUUUGUAUAAUGCUCGCUCGAACAAUCUCUAUCGUGAAAUGGCUACAAAAGUUAUUGAAGCGACAAAACAGCUUGUUGCAGGAGAAAAAUUUUGCAUUGUGACUGUAGUUGGCACCUCAAGGUCUUGCCGCAAUGAUGACAAACACAAGGCUGCAUCACUAGAAGUCUGCCCAGUAGACCAACUUGAUAUGGUUUGCAGGUUUGAAGUGUUGUUUGCUCCWUGGCAAAAGAAUCCUGAAGAUCUUCUUAGCCAUGACUGUGUUGGKCUGAAUGAGAAGAGAAAACUCUCUUGCCAUCAAGAUGUACCUAUGAAUGAUGAAGAAAACAUGGUUAAGCAUGUGGAAGUUAAGGAGGACAGCAAAGUGAAAGAUGAGGAAAAACAGUCAUCAAAAGAUACUGAACUUGAGCAACGAAGGCAAUUUCAUGAUUUUAUGAAGAAGUAUAAAAAAUUGUACAAGCCAUCAGAAAAAGAGUAUGAAUACCGGUUCAAGGUCUUCCAGGAGAAUCUGGUGAAAGCCAAGAARAUGCAAGAGAUGGACAUGGGCACAGCCAAGUAUGGUGUYACUCAGUUUAGUGACCUUUCUUAUGAAGAAUUUAAGAGCAUGUAUGCAAUGCCUGGAUGGGGGAAACCUGAAGAAGAAUUGAAACAGGCUGAUAUCCCUACUGGAGACAUUCCAGACAGUUUUGAUUGGAGAACUAAAGGAGCUGUAACUCCUGUAAAAAAUCAGGGCCAGUGUGGAUCAUGCUGGGCUUUCUCAACAACUGGAAAUGUUGAGGGACAAUGGGCCAUCAAGAAARGAAAGCUGAUUUCACUUAGUGAACAAGAGCUGRUAGAUUGUGAUAAAGUGGAUUCUGGUUGUGAAGGUGGGCUGCCUGCAAAUGCCUACAAGCAAAUUGAGAAACUUGGCGGGCUUGAAACGGAGCAAGAAUACCCAUACAGUGCUAGGGAUGGACAAUGUAAGUUUGAAAAAUCAGAUGUCAAAGUGAAAAUCAAUGGAUCWGUCGCCAUCUCAAGUAAUGAAGGCGACAUGGCUGCCUGGCUUGCCAAGAAUGGACCUAUUUCUAUUGGAAUCAAUGCAAUGGCAAUGCAGUUCUACAUGGGAGGUGUAGCUCAUCCAUGGAAGAUAUUCUGCAACCCCUCAAGUCUUGACCAUGGUGUUCUGAUCGUUGGCUAUGGAGUCAAAAAUGGAUGGUUUGGUAAAACUCCAUACUGGAUUAUUAAGAACAGUUGGGGAGCAAGCUGGGGAGUACAGGGGUACUACCUUAUUUACCGUGGUGAUGGAUCAUGUGGUCUCAACACUGCUUGCACGUCAGCUGUAGUAGACUAGUUGCACAGCUCAAAAAGCCGCUCAAUUUUAAUCACAAAUUUUUAUAAAAAAAAACACCAAAAUAUAUGCAGCCAACCACCACAUGCCAGUUGUAUGUAGGGUUGAUGUCAUCCAAUUCAUAGAUUUUGUAUGGUUAUAUACACUAGAUAAGGAUUUUAUCUGGUGGAUUGUGUUAUUCAACAUUCAUACGACUGGACCCAGAGUUUUGUCACAUAUAACGUUAAUAUUUUGCAAGAAAUGAAUUUAUCGAUUUACUUUUUUUACAAUUUUUACUUGAGUGAUCCAUUUUUUAUCUUUUAUUGAGUUCAUUUUACAUUUCAAGUGUUGUAUAUUCAUAUAACAUGUUUAUGCAAGUACCAAAUGUAUUUUUCAUAAUUUGAUUUUAUAAGAAAAUUUGCAUGCAUUGGGUGACUAGACUGCGAAAACUUUUUAGCAAUUAUUUGUAAAUUUUACAUUUUUUUAAUACCUCUCCAAAAUUAUAGAAUUUUUAGCUAUGCAGCACUAUAAAUACUAUAUCAAUACAUAUUAAAGUUUAUGGUCKGAAAUGUAUGGAA